AUGUUGGAGAUGAGGUGGAUGGUCUGCCUGUGGCUUCUGCUGUUGGCCAUCAGGUGUGUUGCUCAGGACCCAGCUCAGACAAAAAGCUGCGUUUGUGGACACCCUGGAAUCCCGGGAGACCCUGGACAUAAUGGUUCACCGGGCAGAGAUGGCAGGGAUGGACUUAGGGGGGAUAAAGGUGACAAAGGAGACAUGGGUCCAGUUGGACAACAAGGGAGGGAUGGUCUCAAAGGAAUCAGUGGAGAACCUGGUGGACUGGGUCCUGCUGGCCUUAAAGGAAAAAAAGGCGACAACGGGGAACGUGGGACCCCAGGGAAAAUGGGGCCUCAAGGCAUCCAAGGACCAACUGGUCCGAAAGGAGCUACUGGGGACCUUGGAUUACCAGGACCACAGGGACCUAAAGGAGAUUUGGGACCCCUUGGUCCAGAAGGUCCUAAAGGUGAAGUAGGCCUCAGAGGGGACAGAGGUUUUCAGGGGCCACUUGGACCUCCUGGACGGCCUGGCCCUAAGGGGGAGAUCGGUAUUCCAGGUCACAAAGGCAGCAUUGGGUAUCGAGGAGAGAGAGGAAACAGGGGAGAAAAGGGUGACAAGGGCGACCAAGGAGAUGAGGUUUUCAUCCCCAAAAGUGCCUUUUCCGUGGGACUCACUUCUCAGUCAAAACUCCCACCUGCCAAUGCGCCCAUCAAGUUCGACAAGAUAAUCUACAACCUACAAAAUCACUACGACCCACAGACGGGACGCUUCACCUGCGCGGCUGCCGGAGCUUAUUAUUUCUCUUAUCACAUCACGGUCUUUUCCAGAAACGUCAAGGUGGCUCUGAUGAAGAAUGGGCUGAAGAUCAUUCACACUAUGGACAACUACCAGAGUAGCGAGGACCAGGCAGCAGGGGGCGCCGUGCUGCAUCUGGAGCCAGGGGACAAGGUGUGGCUGCAGGUGGUGGGAGGGGAGCUCUUUAAUGGGCUGUUUGCGGAUGAAGAUGAUGACACCGUAUUCUCCGGGUUCAUUAUAUUUGGAGCAUAG